GGUAGUGUGGUUUUUAAAAAAAAAAAAUAUAUAUAUAUAUAUAUAUAAACGUGGUCGAGUUCUGGGUUGGCAGGAUAAUCAUAAACCGCCAUGGCAGUGUGGUUGGCUUGGCUUUUGGGGGCUCUGCCACUUCUGGGGUGGCUAUUGUGGUGGUGGAAUGAGCUUUUUUAUGCCAUUCCUCUCCUAUCCAAGUACUCCGGUACAGGCACCAAGCUGCCUCCCGGUCCUAUGAGGCUUCCGCUCUCCGGUGAAAUGAUCACUUUCCUUUGGUACUUCAAGAUCCUUCGCCGCCCACACGAAUUCAUCAAUGCUAAAAGACGCAAGUAAUGUUUCAUUUAACACACUUCUUUUCUCAUUUUGCUUGCUUAGUAAGGAUAAGAGGGGUUUUAUUAUUAUUUUUCUAAUCAUUAUUUUAAAAAAAAGAUUAAGUACAAUAUUAUGGUAAUGAAAAUAAAUAUGAUAGUAUAAAGUUUGUGUGCAUAGUUUUAUUGUCUGAAUUAUAAAAUCACAAUCAUUGG